UGCUCCAGCUGCGCAGUGCCGGAGGGAGGGUCCCCGCGGGCCCCGCCCCCGCCGCGCCUCCUCCGGGCGGGAUAAUUGAACACGGCGCGCAGGAGCCUCGCGUUGGCUGCCCAGGCCCGGCUAGAGCGUGUAGCCGCUGCCCGCCGUGCCUUUGUCCGCCGCCCGAGCCCGCCAGCCCCAUGGAGCGCCCCGCGCCGUCGCGCCUCGUCCCGCUGCCGCUGCUGCUGCUCGGUAGCCUUUCGCUGCUGGCGGCCCGAGCAAAUGCAGAUGUCUCCAUGGAGGCUUGCUGCUCAGAGGGAAAUCAGAUGGCUAACCAGCACAGGGACUGCUCACUGCCGUACACCUCAGAAUCCAAGGAGUGCAGGAUGGUCCAGGAGCAGUGUUGUCACAACCAACUGGAGGAGCUUCAUUGCGCCACGGGCAUCAACCUGGCCAGUGAGCCAGACGGCUGCUCCUCGCUCCACAGCUACAACAGUAGCCUCGAGGCCAUGUUCAUAAAGAGGUGCUGCCACUGUUGCAUGCUGGGAAAGGCAGCCCAUGCCCGAGGCCAGACCUGUGAGCCCAACUUCGUGAUAAGCUACCAAUGUGGACUGGUGUUUCGUGCCUGCUGCGUGAAGGAACAGGAGAAUUCAGACUUUGUCCGAGGCGAUGGUGUGGACCCUCAGGACCCAGCUAAGAUUCCUGAUGAUGAGGAACAAGAAGACCCGUACCUGAAUGACCGCUGUCGAGGUGGCGGGCCUUGUAAGCAGCAGUGCCGCGACACCGGGGACGAAGUGAUCUGCUCUUGCUUUGUGGGCUACCAGCUGCAGUCGGAUGGUGUCUCCUGUGAAGAUAUCAAUGAGUGCAUCACAGGCAGCCAUAACUGCCGGCUGGGAGAAUCCUGCAUCAAUACGGUGGGCUCUUUCCGCUGCCAGCGGGACAGCAGCUGUGGGACUGGCUAUGAGCUCACAGAGGAUAAUAACUGCAAAGAUAUUGACGAAUGUGAGACUGGUAUUCAUAACUGCCCCCCCGAUUUUAUCUGUCAGAAUACUCUGGGAUCCUUCCGUUGCAGACCCAAGCUGCAGUGCAAGAGCGGCUUCAUACAGGAUGCUCUAGGCAACUGCAUUGAUAUCAAUGAGUGUUUAAGUAUCAGUGCCCCAUGCCCUGUGGGGCAGACAUGCAUCAAUACAGAGGGCUCCUACACAUGUCAGAAGAAUGUGCCCAACUGUGGCCGUGGCUAUCAUCUCAAUGAAGAGGGAACCCGCUGUGUUGAUGUGGAUGAGUGCUCGCCACCAGCAGAGCCCUGUGGGAAGGGACACCACUGCCUGAAUUCCCCCGGCAGCUUCCGCUGCGAGUGCAAGGCUGGUUACUAUUUUGAUGGCAUCAGCAGGACCUGUGUGGAUAUCAACGAGUGCCAGCGCUAUCCUGGGCGCCUGUGUGGCCACAAGUGCGAGAACACGCCCGGUUCCUACCACUGCAGCUGCUCCGCCGGCUUCCGGCUGUCUGUGGACGGCCGGUCCUGUGAAGAUGUCAAUGAGUGCCUGAACAGCCCUUGCAGCCAGGAGUGCGCUAAUGUCUACGGCUCCUACCAGUGCUAUUGCCGACGAGGUUACCAGCUCAGUGACGUGGACGGGGUCACCUGUGAAGAUAUUGAUGAAUGUGCCCUGCCCACUGGGGGUCACAUCUGCUCCUACCGCUGCAUCAACAUCCCCGGAAGCUUCCAGUGCAGCUGUCCCUCAUCUGGCUACAGACUCGCUCCCAAUGGUCGCAACUGCCAAGACAUUGACGAGUGUGUGACUGGCAUUCAUAACUGUUCCAUCAACGAGACCUGCUUCAACAUCCAGGGCAGCUUCCGCUGUCUGUCCUUUGAAUGCCCCGAGAACUAUCGCCGCUCCGCAGACACCCGCUGUGAGCGCUUGCCUUGCCAUGAGAACCAGGAGUGCCCCAGGCUGCCUCUGAGAAUAACCUACUACCACCUCUCUUUCCCCACCAACAUCCAAGUGCCCGCGGUGGUUUUCCGCAUGGGCCCUUCCAGUGCUGUCCCUGGGGACAGCAUGCAGCUGGCCAUCACCGCUGGCAAUGAGGAGGGCUUUUUUACCACUCGAAAGGUGAGCCACCACAGUGGGGUGGUGGCCCUCACCAAGCCCAUCCCUGAGCCCAGGGACUUGCUCCUGACCGUCAAGAUGGAUCUCUAUCGCCACGGCACAGCCAGCUCCUUUGUGGCCAAGCUUUAUAUCUUUGUGUCUGCAGAGCUCUGAGUGCUUGCCUGGGCCCUGGGCACUCCCUCUUGUUGCUUUCCCACCCUUGGGGUUCUAAUAAACUCUCAGCAGCCAUCCCAAGAGCA